CCGUCGGUUGAAAUAAACUCAAUCAGGCGGCUCUGGUAGGAUGGAAUUUGGUUUUGAGAGAGAGAGAGAGAGAGAGAGAGAGCUCUUUUUCUGAGGCAAAUUCGCUCUAGUUUUCAUCGAUCGAUCGGGACGACAACAUACUUAAGAGAAAUAGUAAAGCUCCGCUUUUACGAGAGAAAUUGGAAGCAUCGCCGUCGACCACCGGAUGAAAAGGAUAUUCCAGAAACUGCUAGACAGAGAUGAUGGCGUUUGUGGAAUUCUUCAUGGUUCCAUUCCCAAGUAACUUUAAUGACUUUUUACCCCACCGAAACGGUUUCCAGUGCCGGCGAUUACCCGCCGGCAAUGUCGUUAUUUAACUGGCACCGUCUAAAACCAUCGAGGGACUAGGAGGCCCGAUAAUGAAAUUGACUAUAAGACCCUUCCCCCGCGUCAUAAUUUCCGCCAUGAAGGGGUGAUGCUGUUGAGGGUUUAUUUGUCAAAUAGCAAUAUUCCAAUUUUCGAUCGGCUUUGGCCCGACUGUACUGUUCUAUAAAUAAAUUGGCAACCACCUGCACUGAGAUUAAUCUAGUCAAAAGAGAAAAGGAGAGAGACAGAGAUAUGGGUUCUGAUGGGAAAAGCGAUGGCACGGGGUUUGAGCCAUCGGAGCCGAAGCCGUGCGCCAACGAGUGUGGCUUCUUCGGCACGGCGGCGACGAUGAACCUAUGCUCGAAAUGCUACAGAAACCUCCGCGUGAAGGAAGAGCAAGCCGCCGCAGCCAAGGCCGCCAUGGACAAGCUGCAGGCGAUCCAGAACAAGACGCUUGUUGAAGGAGUUCGCCCCGAUUCCCGUGCCGGGUCAUCGUCGGUGGUAGCUGUGAAAGAAUCCCCGGUGGCCGUGACGGUGGAACCGACUUCCGGAGCUGGGGCGGCGAACCGGUGUUCGAGCUGCCGGAAAAAGGUGGGCGUGCUGGGAUUCAAGUGCCGGUGCGGAGCCACGUUUUGCGGGGAGCACAGAUACCCGGAGAUGCACCGAUGCUGCUUCGAUUUCAAGGCGGCGGGUCGGGACACCAUCGCCAAGGCAAACCCGGUGGUGAAGUCCGAUAAGAUCGAGCGGCUGUGAUUGGAAUUGAAAUUGAAAUGGUUCUUGUUCUUUUCUUCUGAUUGUGCGUUGGUUUUAUAUUGGAUUUGGGAUUUGGGUAUGGGAUCAGUGGGAGACGCAGUUUUGUUGUUCUGGCUGGUCUUACGAGGAACGAUAACGACCUCGGUAAGAUUGGCUCCUUUGGCCGGGGUCAGGUCUCAAUGAUGAAGUCUAAUGUUCCAUUAUUAGCUGCGUCUUGCUCUUGGCAAGUAGUGGGUAGUUUUUAAUCAUGAUGCUUAUAAACAAUAAUUAUACAUGUAGCUUCUUAUCCACGAUGACACCUGCUUUGAGCAGUGUUAUGCA